AUGAAGUCCUCCAAGAGGUUGGACAGCAUCAACGCCAUCGCUUUACCCAUAAUUCCGCUGGACGAGAGCCAGGUGGUCUCCGCCAGCGCCCGGAAAGACCUGGAGAAUGCCGUGAGGAAGCAGUUGCAGGACCACCCGCCCACGUGCAUCAUCGGCUCCCUCAGCCAGGUGAGCCAGAGGGUCACGGAAGCAGACACCAACUACCACCGGAUGGACCACACCUUGGCAAUUGAGGAUUAUGAGUUGGAGAAGAAGUCUAUAAAAGAGAGAACUCACAGCAGCCCCGGAGACAGAGCCAAGAGACCGAAGGAAGAGCCAACAAUACCCUGCAAAGGCUCAGAGGCCCGCAACCCCAGGGUGAACCUGACCAAAAGACAAACAGCAGAUAAGAAUCUGCUGGCAGAGCGACAUGAACACCCCCCGUUUGAUGAGACUAAGCCCAACAAACUUCCCAACGGCGUGGCCUUCUGCGACAUGGUGGGCAAUGUGAUCCGGUCUGAGAAAAACACUCUAAGUGGCAAGUGUUUCUGUUCAGACAGAGAAUUAGAGAAGUUUCUGUCUGCUCCUUCUCCCAGUGCCAUAUGGCUGGACAGCUUUUGGUGGAUAUUUCAUGAAAGGUACCAGCCAAACAAGGAGAUCCAGAGCAAACUGUUCGACCGAGUAGCCCGAAAUUAUGCCUCACUGUUGAUGAAAACAGUCCGGUCCCACUAUGAAGAGGCGCUCAUAAAAAGGCUCCCUUCUCUUCUGAGCAAAGCCCUGUACACCAGCUUCUGCUGCUGCUUCCCCCAGUCCUGGUUCAACACCCACGAGUUCAAGUCGGAAAUCUGCAACACCAUGAACCUGUGGAUUUCAGGGACGUAUCCUUGCCCACAGAGCUAUAACAACUGGGACUACUCAGAACUGGAUCCAGAGAGGUUCCGGAGAGAAGAAUUACUACAUCGCAGCAGUCGACUUAUAAAGGGUUAUCGCUCAGACUUUCAAACUGGCCACCCAAAUGAAUACAACAUUCAGCGCUUAUGCAGGAAGCUGAGACCCACCCCAAACUCUUUCUUUCCCCUGGGAAAAUACUCACGAUCACCUUUUGGUUGUAUCACCUUGACAGAACACUUCAUGGCAUCCCCAACCUCCAGAAAAGCCACACAGCAAGUCAAGAGGAUCUCCGAAACCAGAGCGUGCCUGAGUUUGUAUCUGAAAGCGUCCCACCCUGCCUGCAAAAACCCCAAGCUGAUUUCAAACCAGUUCAACCUGUAUGGGGAGAGUCCGCUAAUCGUGUACUUCUUCCUCAACUACGCCGAGCUGAGGAAGCGUGGCCAAGACGUGCUGGUCAGCAGGAGAGAAAAGACCGAAAUGAUCCCUGAGUCCGCCCCGACCUAUGCUGACAUCAUCCACCAGGUUAUGGAGAACAUGGAGAGGCGGAAGAGAAAGCUCAGGGAGCUGGACCGCCUGCACUGGAAUGAAUGGGUCUAUUUUAAAAACUACCUAAAGGAGCUGAAGGAAAACUGUGCGAGGGAGGUGGCUCUUAUCAAUAAAAAAGCAGCAGAAAAGAAAAAGGCCAACCUCACAGUCCUCUUAUCCUUGGAUGACUCAUCUGACAAGAAACCCAAAGGAAACACCCACAUCGAAACUACACUUUUAAGGAAGGAAAGGAAUAUAGAAGAGAAACAGAAGCUUCGUCUCCAAUCCAUUUCCUCAACUCAAAGCCCCCCGUCUAACUAUUCUCUGGACCUGAAAAGCCCCUAUGGGAUCCAGUAUGUUUCUAGUGCCAGCGAGCCCGGCACCAGUAGGUCCAGAUCCUCACAGGACGAGGUGCUCUUCAGGCUCUCACCAUCCUCCAUGGAAUGA